AUGAGUAUGAACUACGCGUCUGCGGCGCCCACACAGAGGUCGACGUCGUUUUUCAUUGAGGACAUCUUAUUGCACAAACCCAAGCCGCUGAGAGAGGUCAUUCCCUCGCCGUUCUGUAGCUCCCUGGCCUCCCGAAUGCCCAUCCUGGAAUAUGGAUAUCCCUUGAUGCCAACUCCAAUUCUGGCGCCACAUCCGCACCAUCCUCUCCACAAGCCCGAGCAUCACCAGUACUUCUUCACAUCUGGGAUGCAGAUGCCGGCCUUGUUCCAGCACCACGCAGAGCUACCGGGCAAGCACUGCAGGCGCAGGAAGGCCCGGACGGUCUUCUCCGACUCGCAGCUGUCCGGCCUGGAGAAGCGCUUUGAAAUCCAGCGGUACCUGUCCACCCCGGAGAGAGUGGAGCUGGCCACGGCGCUCAGCCUGUCCGAGACCCAGGUGAAGACGUGGUUCCAGAACCGGCGGAUGAAGCACAAGAAGCAGCUGAGGAAGGCGCAGGACGAGCGGAAGACUCCCGGAGAGCUGGAGCGAUCGGCCGAGAACUCCAGCGAGAGCGACCUGAACGAGAAGCGAGGCGAGGAGCUGAAGCACUGCCUGGAGCCGGACUCGUAUCUGCUGGACGAGAACGACGACGAUGUGGAUAUCGAAGAUGACAUUUGCUCCCCGGACCACCUGCUAUAG